AUGGGCAUCGACUCCAGGAAAGCACCCCCUCUUCCCGCCCCAACCGAAACCGAAACAAACAACACCACCCCGACCGAACUGACGGCGGAUGUGUUCAAGCCCAGUGACGAGAAAUCGUCCUACUCCAUCCCCGAAGACGGAACUCCCGUCACCAUCGCCACCCGCGGCCACAAGGCCAACAAGUCCCAGACCUCGCUGCUCAUCGAGUACUUCGAAGGCGGCAAGCAGUCCUCCAGCUCUACUGGCGAGCGUCGACCCAGCGUACGGGUCCGCCUAACGCCAUCCAAGAAGAGCAGAGGAGAUCAUAUCCAACUCACAGAGACCAAGGGAUCCCGCCAGGCAUCUCUAACUCGCCGGAUACCCCUGACUCUGGCCACCGAGCUCGAGUAUCUCGACGGCGAGGACGGAAACAGCAUCUCAUCGUACGCCUCGGCUACUGAAGAAUCGAAUGUUUCUAGAAAUCCCAUCGACAUUGAGAUUGACCACAGCCACCGGAGACGCCGACCUGCUAGUCCUCUGAUCCCCUCGGAGUCCUACCAAGUAAACGCCUCAGAAAUCUCUGCCAUACCAACCGACAGCUUUCUCGACGGCACUGGCGGUGGUUCUACUGAGCUCAAGAACAGCUUCAACCAGUCCAAAGGAGAAGAUCUAGCCGUCGCUGCUGGCACCGGUGCACUGGCAGCCGUCGCCAUGGACGAAACGAGGAGCCACAAGAGUCGAAAUCGGGAGCGAGUAAAAAUCGCCGAAAAAUCAAAGGAAAAGUCUGACCGAAAACGUCGACCAAAGAGUAGAACGAGCAGUGUCAGCGAGCGGACGGCCGAUGAUCUUAAAUCCCCACGGGCUCGUCGUUCCAGUCGAAGUCAUCAGGAAUCCACUGUGUCAGCCGCUGACUCAAGUGUGAUAUCUAAUAUGACCCCGAGCCAUCGCUCCGUCGACACGCAUUCCACACGCUCAGGUGUCUCCAAGUCAUCCAUCAACAACCCCAAACUGCUUGAGACAGUUGAAGACGCCAUCCGAAGAUUAAUCCUACCAGAGCUUAGUGCCCUGAAGCGGGAACAGAGCAAGCGCGAAACCCGACGGGGCUCCUUUACCUCCACGGCAACCUCCCUAUCAAGGGAGGAAGCGACCCCAGACCGCCGGCGGUCCUCAGGUCAACGCAGUGAUCAGAAGGAUAGACGCAACAGGGAGGCUCGUCACGACUAUGGCGACAGCUCACUGCAUAGCAUCAGCCGCGAGUCGCUUGAUGAUGGCUAUCAAUAUGACAACGACAUUGUCACACCUAAACGCAGUGGCGAUUUGCUCAAGGCUGCUACUGCUACUGCGGCUACGAGCAAGGGCCUAUCACUUCUCGACGAUAAAUCCCAGUCUGAGGACCGCAAGCAUAGAGAGCGACGACGUCGCAGGGCUGAAUCUUCCCGGAGCCGAAGUGUUGGACGAGACCGGUACGCAGAAGAAUACGACGACGACCACCUGGUAGUUCCUGCGCCGCCGAUGCCCUUGCAGAGCGAAAUCAACGCAUCCGAAUUGACACGAACAUCUAUCCUCUCCGCCAACACCGACAGACCACACUCUGCUACCGAGGAGCUUACCCCCGUUCACAAUGUCGCCCGCGGUCCGGUCUCCGCUACCUCCACACCCACACCCUCCAAUGAGCUCGACAACACACUACUCACGCAGCAUGCCAAUGUCUCACAUGGCGACCUCACAGCGCUACCUCGUGGCCAAAGGGAAUACGAAGAGUAUGAGACUGAUGAAUUUGGACACAAAGUUGAGGACAUCCAUUAUGACGACGAGGAUCCCCACGACGUUUCUGACAAUGGCGACUAUCCUGAGAAUGGAUACGACAAUUCUUACUUUGCCACUCAGGAUGUGCCUCCUCCCCUAAAGUAUGUUCCGUACCAGGCGGGUGCCCGUGGAUUGAGUCCUAUUCCUAGUGUGUCCGGCUACACAGACGGCGCAAGUGAACAUCAACCACGCAACUCUCGCAGCAUGCACUCUACAAGCGACGCGUACUCUGCACUAGAGAGGAGGUCUCCAGAGCACCCUCGUAACAGCCGAUCAAUAAACUCGCUCAACUCUCUGCGAGCUAGGGAACUCGAUCAGAUGUCCCCCAGGAGUUCCGGUGUCGAUUACCGGAACACAACUUACACCGAUGAUAGUGAACUUGAUCGAGUCACAUCUGGACAGGCUGUGCGAGGCAUUGGUGCCAACCCUAAUAUCAUCCAUCCCCCUCUGGGAGUUGAAUCUGCCGUGGCAUCUCUAAUCGACGGCUCAAUGCUUGAGCAGUCCGUUCUCACCACUGGCUCCGGCUAUGAUUAUGGCGGUGCUAGGGACUCGAACCUAUCUUACGAUGAUCAAUCGAGGACUUAUAGCAGCCGCGGCAUGAGCCCCGAGAAGCAAUUCACGGAUGCCAGCCGCGGGGUCGAGACUGAGAGACAUGCCACCCCUAACUCCAGAUCUCACAAGCCAUCACAAGAAUUCACCGAAUACGAGAUUGAUGAGCAUGGACGAAAAGUGCCUCGUACCAAGUCUCCCACCGCUUCAGAAGUGGCCAUCACUGCUGGUGCCGUUGGCGCCGCCGCCGCCGCCUUGAAGGCUGCACAGGGCAAGAAGCAGGCUCCUGUUGAAGAGGAGAUGAUCGAUGAGGAUUACCAGCCUGUCGGUGUCUUCCGAAACAAGUCGUUCAAGGAGCGCACGCUGGAGGGCCACGAGCCUCGCAACACCCCAACACACAGCAUCGACCGACUUGAUUACGACGAACCACCGAAGAUGAGCGCGAGUUUCAUGCCGGGCUUCCAUGACCCCAUGCCAGAGAUCGGAUAUGUCGAUGAUGAUGCCCAGACCAACCCUUCCAUCAUCGAUCACCGCCUUGACGGCGAGCCUGGCGACGAGGAGAUGUCCGGCCGAGCAACCCCCACUCAGCAAUCUGUUCGAGGAUAUCAGCACGACGAGGUCCACAGCCAGGCUAGUGGAGCCGGUGGCCGAGGCCUCAACCCAGCUGAAGUGGGUGCCUUGGGUGCUGCUGCUGGCUUGGCUGCCGCUCACACCCAUAGCCGUGAGCCCAGUCACGACGCUGAUGAGUGGCAGCGGUCGUCUGACGACCAAAAGAGAGACACCCUGGUUACUAACCCCUUCGAGGAUGCCAGCCCUAUCGCCAACCCGGCUCUAAACGAGGGCCUUCUCGGAGCUCGUGGACUCAACUCUUCCUACGGUGCUCCGUAUCACUCAGGAAGUCCUGGCUUCACCCAGAAAUACGACGAGGGUUACAUGUCUAACGGCCCCAACCGUACGCCGGAUGCUGACCCAAAGAAUGACACCCUCGACCUUGGUGCUACUCUUGUCGCACCCGCUGGCGAUGAUCCCUUCUAUGUCCCCAAGGACCAUGUUCGCCACCUGAGCGGCAUGUCCCAAGGCAUGGCUUCGCCCUUCUACGAUGCAGCUACUGGCCAAGGCAUUGAGCGUAUCGAAAAUAGGGACAUCGUCGCUCUCAUGCAGCAUCUUAUGGUUCGCGAUGCCCAACGUAGUGCCCGUGAUACUGAGAUCGUCGCCCUCCUCAUGAAUGCUGCCCUUGAGAUGCGCAACUCUUUCCGGGAGAUGAAGGACCUCAUCCAGGACACAGGGGACGACGUCAUUUUCUCCAACGCUGAGAACACCGAGAAGCUUCAGAAGGCUAUCAACGGCCCGCGUCCUUACCCUGGCACUGGAGCUCGGUCGAUCCAGAGUGCAUCCCAGGUGGAUACUUUGAACGACGCCGCUGCCAAGAAGAAGAACCUUUGGAAGCGAGCGUUGCAAGGCCUUAGCGCUAAGGGAACGAGUGAUCUCAGCCGCAUCGAGGAUAUGCUCAUGCAGCUCCUCGGUGAGGUUGAUGUUCUGAAGACCCAGACUGCCCCCCCGCCGGUCUCGACAAGUGGAGGCAGGGCCUCAUCUUUCGAAAACCUCCAGCCCGAGGGCCAAUAUGAAAAUGACCGUGGUUACGAGCCUGAGGGUACCUCGACUAUUAGCCAUGGCAGCCAAUCAGGCCACCUGUCUCUCUCGCAGUCGCGAUCGAAACUGCGAGAUGAGCGCAAGUUCUCUGACCACCGUAUCAGCACUGUUCAGGAGCAUGCGGAGGAGUACCAAUACGACCAUCCGAGCCCCGUCACUGAACGAGCAGACCCCAACUUGUUGACCCCUACCCGGUCAGUAGGUAACCUUCAGCGCGGCAACUCUGUUCCCCUGGACACCCCUCCUCAACCUUCCGCAUCAAACCAACAUCCCAUGAGCGCAGAGAACACGCCACGAACAGGCAAGAAGCACAAGGCAAGUGGCUCUUCCGGCUGGCUCCCCAAGAUCUCUAGGUGGUCGGGGACCACUGCCUCCAGCGUUGGCAAGGCUUUCCGCGGAAGUGGCAAGAAGGAGUCCAAGUACGAAGAUUACGCUCCUUCUCGCUCUGGUUCUAGCCUGGCCUCGUAUAACGAGGAGGACGAUUACCAUCAUGAGCAGCACAACCAGCGUAACCAGCAUCACCAACAGAACCCCUAUGACGAGGACAAAUUACAUACGGGAUUCUCUGAGCAGGAGCUCGCAGGUACCGCUGCCGAGUCCAACCUGGACGCGACUGUUGCCCAGCGAGAUAGCAACUUUACUCCUGAUGAGGCACCUAAGUACAAGGUUCAUCGCAAUUCAUUGAACCUUCAGCACCCCCAGCCCCGACCAGGCCAGACAGAGCGAUUCCGAAAUGCCCUGGAGUACUCGGCACAGGAGUACGACAUUCCCAUGACGCCUAGGUCGGCUGAUUGGGCAGGAUCUGCAACCAGCGUGAACAGACUCCCCCCAAACACCAACCGAUACAGCACCGCGUCAUCGGCUGGAGCGCGUGAGCCAGAGUACUGGGGCUCAUCCCCAACGGGCCCUCCACGACCCCCCAAGGAGCCCGUGGACAAUUCCGGUACGCGAACGCCGCCCAGGAGCCGCAUCUCGAAGCUCGCCAAGGGCAGCCCGCUUCAACACCAGAGCGAUGAGAGUGGCUAUCCCACCCAUCAAAGCGCCAGCCCCAAGCCAGAAAACCGUAACCUGAACGCUGCUCUGGGCAUGCCUACCCGACGACCCAGUGGCCCAAGGGCAAUGACCCCAAAGAGCCCUGACGAAGAGACUGCAAGGGAAGAGCGAAGACGCAAGAGAGAUACAUUUGGCACCAUCGCCAGCGCCCAAACGGACGACACGGACACUUUUUAG